GUCGACAGCAUACUUUUUCAAAGUACGACAUGCACUGUAAGAUUGAAAACGAUAUGUACGCCCAUGUAUACCACCACCUUUUUUAAAGCCAAAGAAAGGUGAUUUCCUUUUUUUUUGGUUAUUGUAACUCAUGUGCAACUUUCUUAAAAUAACUAUUUUAUAUUUCUUCAUAUUUCUUUCUUUCUUUCUUUCUAAUUAUGAGCUUCUCAAAUAUAAUCGCAAGAGAGAAUGACAUCAGUAUACCAAAACCUAUUCCAACAACAGAAAGACAUUCAAUUGGAGCCAAUAGCAGCAACACUAGUAUUAGUCACAAUAGGAUGAUAGAAUUAUAUAUUGAAUAUGAUAAAGAAAAGAAAGAUAUUAUGGUUACCAAUGCCAAGAAAGAGAUACUAUAUUAUUACAAUAAGCAGGACAAUACAAUUCAUGAUAAUCGAAAGACAGCACUAUGGAGGCUGAUCGACAAGGAUUGGCAUAAGAUGAUAUUGAAGAAUAGUGAGAAUAACAUAGAGAUUACGUUGUCAACAGAGGAAUUCAACUUUAUGUACGAUAAACAGUUAUACCAAUGGAGACUGAUACCAACUGAGAAUGAUGACGGUCAUUAUGUGCUAAACUGCUAUAGUUCAACUCAUCUGAUAGCACAAUUAAAUCGAUCAGUAUUCUAUAUCGAAUCUUGCUCUACAACCAACCCAUUUAAGCUAUUUAACCCUUUCUUUACCUUUACCCUCUUUUCGGCUUUAAUCAUUAAUGAAACUAUCGUCAAAAAUCUAUUAAGGUCAAUUGGAAAUGACUCUGUCGCAUUAAAAUCAAUACUUGACUUUAAACGACCUUAUAGUCAUAUUAGCCAUAACAAUGACAAUGAUGACGAUAAUGACGCUUAUUCAUACACCAGUACCAUAAAUACAGCUCAUUCAAUCGAAAUAAGUCCUUCUAUCUGGAACUGGUGUCAUCGUCUAUGGUGGUCUUGCUUCCCUUGUUGUAUGCCUGGUGGAUGUUGUGAUAGGGCUCGACUGAAGCUAAACCCCUUUUCAAGAAAAGGUUGGCAACAACAACAUUAUUAGCAGUUUUGUAAAUACAAAUAAAUUAGCAUUUCUUUUUAUAUAUAAAAAGUAGUAAA